GCCGAGUUCCCCUCGACGGCAUGUCAUGUGCGCAGGUGGCAGCUUACCGAACGAGGGCUUACUCACAAAGAUUGGGGAUGUUCCAAUACCGCCACUUGUCAGUACUGCGGGCUAUUCGCCUGGUAACACUGGUUCUUCAGGUGUCUCUCGGGAAGUUUCUCUACGACUCGGUCCCUGACCAGGCUGACCUUAAGCUUCAGUCAACAGAGUCUGACUUGUGUGUGGACCGUGCCAUUGAGUUUCUGUUAGUCAGUUGUUGCAUCCUUCUUCUCCACUCUCUCGUCAAGUGUUCUUUGAUCUUCUUUUCUCUCUUUUAUGUCUUCGCCGACCUCGUCAAACACCUCAUCUGCAAUCCCAUCUGCUGUCGCACUGGUCGUUGCGGUCGGUCCGAAGGAGGGAUCAUCGAAGGCUCCCUGCUCGAAGAACGGUAUAGGAAACACAUGGAGAUCGCCGCUGGCCACACGUGGUAUGUGCACUUGCAUCGUCAUUUCUUCUUUGAUGCUGAGGACGCUUUAAGGAACAAAGAAGUGUGUGGCCUGCCGGGGUACUGGUUCUUCAGCCAGAAGGAACUAUUGAGCAUCAUCCGGUGCAAUCUGCCUGCUGUGGCGGCCGAGCGCCACCCGUCGGCGACAUGGACCUGGGCGGAAGAAUCAGGCAGCAACUUGUCCUUAUCACAAAGCCUGAAAUCCUUACUCCAUCUGUCCCGAGCAUCACCUAAUACGGCUGGUUUGCAAAGCAUGAUGCCAGAUCUGCCCCAGAGUAGCCGCUGUGUGCACGAUGUUGAUGCUGGUCGAGACUUUGCUCAAGCUGGAGGUUAUACGACGAUGCUGGGAGUGCUGCAGUCCAUUCGACCCUAUUCUGAAGAAGCGCAAUGUGCUGCUUCCAUACUUGCUGGAUUUGCUGCAGGUCUGUCUGUCCUACCUUGGCAACCUGAUCGUAAUGCCGCAGACAAGGACUCCAUCCUGAACAUGCUGAAGGAAAACGUUUUCCGGGACUGCACAAGACAACUCUUGUCCUUGCUCUUCGAACUGCUUGAAACGUUUUCCGGGACCGAACAAGGCAGCUCUUUUCCCACUGGUCAACAGCUGAGCGUUCUGGAGGCAGCCGCAUCUGCAAUCUGUUCUUUCGCACGUGCUGCAAGCGAUAUACAUGCACAGUUUCAUGCAGCUGGUAAAGAACAACCUGACACACAAUCUGAUACUAGACGAAGCCCGUGGACAUAUCAGCCAUGCGUACAGCCUCGUACACAACCGCCAUGGGGGCCAUGUGCUGCACAACAGCCAAACGCACAGCAUGAUUGUGGCGGGGCUAAGGUAGUUGCUGCCUCAAAAAUGAGCAAUGCUUUCACGACGGCCUUCCCAGACGGUUGGCGACUGACAACAAACAUACCCGACUUUGAAACCGUAGAAGGGACGUGGGUAGCGGAUGUCGCCAACUUCUUCUUGACUGAGGACAAGAUCAUGACCAUUUUAGAUUGUGUGGUUAAUACGGUGUCACGGAACAUUGCUACGGACUGUUUGAGGACUCUGUCAUCACUCUUUUCAUGCACAAUGAUCUACUGGCACCGCUUUGAUAAGCGAAUGCCGGCGGAUUUCCCCCCACCUCUUUCUCUCAUCAAUCAUUUUCACAACUGUGACAACUCCAGUCCACCUAGCCUCACAGAUCGACUCAAAGAUCUCCUUCAUAGCUGUGUGGAGCGAGGAGAGCAGACUCUGAAUAGAUGUGUGGAGGCUGAGUUGCCCCUAUCCCAUCAUUCACAGUUGCAGCUGGCCAAGAUUUUCAUCUCCCAGGGCAUACGAGAUGUUGACGAAGACCUCGUGAAGCUCCUGCUGCAAUGCCUGUCCCACUGGACGAGCGCACUGGGGACGAUAGACGCCAGGUGGAGCGCUACGGAAACCAUAGAGACCUUGCGUGAUCUGUUCACGACUUCGGACCGUUGGGAGAACCUCUUGCUGAUGGUUGCCCCAGUGGUCAGUGGUGUCAUUGCCACGUGCUACGGUCUUGGUAUGGGCCACUUCGAUAACUUUCUCAGUAGUAGGUCAUCAUCAAGGGUUGAAUCAUAUUCCUCAUUCACGGACGCUGAAGUAUGUUUCUGUGGUAUCACUGCAUCUGCAGCUGGACUACUGGGGGACUUGCUCAACAUGGAAAACUACAGGGGCAGGCAACAACCAAUCAGCACCUUCCUUCCCCUCCACUGCGAGAGACUCACUGUGACAAUGCCUCAACAAUCCCUGUCAAUACCUACUAGUGGCAGUAGUGGUGGUUUAAGCAGACUGCCGACAACGCCGGCAGCGAGAAGCCUUGCCAGCCGACAAAGAAGUAGCACAUCUCUGAGCCUCCAUCAGGAAGGAGCAGGCUUUGUAUCGGACAGAUGCACAACAGAUGAUGCCAUUAUCACACUGUUCAAGAGCUUGAGCUUUAUCAUCUUCCGCCGGAUGUGUGCGAAUGUCUGUUGGGGUCCGCAUACAGAUGGACCGUUAAAAAGAGGCUCUUCUUUUUGCCUGAACCUUACUCGUAUUCCUAAAUCUACCAUUGUAACUUGGAUGGCGCUCAUCUGGGAAUCCUUGUCGAAUCCGGUGUGGCUACCUGCACCUGGUCUCAUUGAAAGCACAGGUUCUGACUCGGUUGCGGGUAGAGCAGGUGUGUACCAUAUGUCACGGCUUGAGAAGGCUGUGAAUGCUCGUUUAGGAUCGAGAAACGCUGUGAUUGUAAUGGAGUACAUUAUCCAGAUGUACGAGCCCCAGCUUGAUGCUAAGCUGCUGACUGUCCUUUUCACACCCCUGGUUUGCGGCCUGAAAAGGCCCCCUGUGGCCCCACCAGGGGGGCAGCAACACCCGGAGGGGUUACAUGAAAGCAUCUAUGAUGACAUCAUGGAGUACAGUGCCACCAAAAAGAUACUCAAGCGAGUCACUAACCGGAUUAUUGAGAAUUUUACGGACAGAUUGGCAAGGGAGAUGAUAGCAGAUCCAUGGUUACCAAGUCUUGACCUCCUCCAGUAUCUGAGCAAUGAGCUGCGGGACUGGAGGACUCGGAAUCCUGACGACGAGGAACUUCGCCAGUCCGUACUGGACUUAUUCCAACGCUUCAGAGCACCACCAGUUCGCACGCCGAGUCUUCAAAGGCUGUCGAGCCUCUGACUGCUCCUUUUCAUAGUGGCCUUCCGCUUUCGCUGCCAGCCCAGUCUCGAAGCCAGGUGAUCUCACAGUGUAUACCAGUAUGACCAGUACUUGGGCUCAAGCGGCAAUUUCGUCAAAAGGGACAUCUUUUAUUUUUUGAACAAAAUUGAAACCUACUAGUACGGCCACUACAUUGGCCCAAUUUAGGUCAAGAUUUUUAGCUCUUGAGGGUCUGGUGUUCUUAAAAUGCCCGCCCCCCUGGAUGUAUCUGGACUUAGCUGGAGUGCAGGUGGUUCGGCUUGUUAAGAACGCUGGACACCCUGGAUGUAUCUGGGCUUAGCUGGAGUCCCGGGUGGUACGGCAUCUUAAGAACGCCGGACCCUCAAUUUCGUAAAAAUUUUGACCUGAAUUGGGCCAAUUUAGUAGGUUUCAAUUUCAUUCAAAAAAUAAAAAUUGUCCGUUUUGACGAAAUUGCUGUUCUCAUGUGAACUGGUGAUUUAACUUCCUGAGGUCUCACAGGCAACAAGAAUUGGGAGACUUAUAUACCCAUGCCGCCAUGCGCACCUAGAACUUCGUAAGUCCUUCAAUGAGCUGAAUGAGCAUUGAAGAACCCCCAUUUGAACCCUGCUUGAACCUCUCUGGUAUAUGGUAACUACCUGACUAUGGUAUAGUACGCGGGCCCAGAGAACCCUAGGUCUGCUACUCCCUGCCGCUCGCUAGGGAAGUCGCUGUCUAGACAUCUGGGUACGAUCAUGGGGUUUUCCUGGUUAGAGGGGCCCCUUCAUACUAGUGGAGAGGAGUGGCACAGUGGGUAGUAUGUCUAGGUGUGUUCCCCCUUAUGUGUGUCUUGAACCACGGGGGUAAGAAGGCUGUCUCAUCUCGUGGGUGUGUGGGGGGGGAAGGGGUACACGAACCUUGUGGUAGGUAGGGAUGAAUGGUUCGGGUUGCUUAAUCGGUAGUUCAUCAUUCGAGGGGAGUAGUUGAUUCACAUACAAAGCGACCUCAUGGGCCACCUGCGGAGACCGCAUGGGGGGGUGGGAAAUCGCAUCGUAUGUAGAAAUACUUCCUCAGGCUGGGGUAGUCCAAGUAGUUAGAGUCUGCCUGAUGACCAGGAGGUGCGAGUCGAUGCUUGUCUCAUGGCUUAGGACCACCUGGCUGGCUGGUCGUCUCUAGGCAGUGUAUAGACAUUGGGGUACUCUCAUAGCCCCGUCAUCAGGGUACUAGCUGGCCCACCAGGUACCAAGCAAGGGUAGGCUGUGAGAUGGGCAUAGGGGCUGGAGGGACUAGUAGAGAGGACGGUGAUAAAGUGUAGCUCAGGUAGGACUUGUACUGAGCCUGUCUCCUGAGAAGUGGGUAGGAUAGGUGGAGCAGGCGGGGGUGUACUGUACAUUAAUAGGAGGGAGGUAGGCCUUCUACCCCUGUCUGAGGGGGGAUCGGCUAUAGGGAUGUGCUAAGUAAAUGGUUGGGGGACAAAGCUGCUUAGAGUGGGCCCGCAAUACACCCAGUUGGAGGCUGGAUCUGUAGGGAUGGAAUCUGAUCUCUGAUGGCAAACUGUAUGGUGUAGAAGGGACAUGACUUGCGAUAGGAAGGGCUCUAAGCCCGGCGCAGAGGACUUGGUCUAGGAAUGUCCAGAGGGCCAAGUGGGUCAUUCCGAACUUCGAGUGACUGAACCCUGGAGAGUAUUUCCUUGCUGAUACCCUGCCUUUACAACAGCCUGGGCGUUUAAAGAAAAAAAAAAAAGAAAGGGAACUUUGUAUGUCCCUAAGGCUUUAAUUAGUGAUCAAGCGCAUACUCGCUGACUCGCUGAGGAGCCUGAGAUCUCACGGGAAGAUGUACAUCAAUGUCAAUUAAACUUCCCAUUUGCUUGUUCUUGACAGUAAUUGCUCUUUAGAGUCUUUACUGAAGCAACUUGGGUCAUACCACCUGGCAACAAAAGAAUCCUUUCAAG